CACACACAAACACCCACGUGGGAUGAACGUGCUGCUCCUGCGUAUUCAACCAGGGCUACCGGAAGAGGAAUUGGGAUUUAGCUCCAGCUGUGGCUUUGUGCCUUUCGGGAUGGAGAAGCGGCCUGGCAGCCUGUGAGGUUGUGAAAACACCACUUGAUCUUGUAUUGGAGCCAUGGUUCCAGCCUUUCGUCAUACCUACUUCUGGAGGUUCAGCAUCUUUGUUUCCUCUCAGUCUGUGGGUCUUACUGGGUCCCUUUGCCUCUGAAGCCUCAAUCCAGUUGUUAGUCUCAGCGAGGGUAAUUUACGUCACCAGUUGGCCCACAGUUGUUCAACUGGCAGAAUCUAGACCUUUUCAGCUUAACACGGCCGCGGCAACAUGAAUGAAGUGUCGGUCAUCAAGGAGGGUUGGCUGCACAAGAGAGGUGAAUACAUCAAAACCUGGAGACCCAGGUACUUCCUCUUGAAGAGUGAUGGGUCUUUCAUUGGGUAUAAGGAGAAGCCGGAAACAACAGACCAGAGCCUUCCCCCCUUGAACGACUUCUCUGUGGCAGAAUGCCAGCUAAUGAAAGUAGAGCGCCCCCGUCCUAACACCUUCAUCAUCCGUUGUUUGCAGUGGACAACCGUUAUUGAGAGGACGUUCCACGUGGACUCCCCAGAUGAAAGAGAGGAGUGGAUCCAAGCCAUUCAGAUGGUUGCCAACAGCUUAAAGAACCAGGAACCUGAAGAAGACAGGAUGGACUACAAAUGUGGCUCUCCCAGUGACAGUACAGGGGCUGAAGAAAUGGAGGUUGCAGUGACAAAGACCCGAGCAAAGGCGACCAUGAAUGACUUUGACUACCUGAAACUGCUUGGGAAAGGCACAUUUGGGAAGGUCAUCCUCGUGCGGGAGAAGGCUACCGGACGCUAUUAUGCCAUGAAGAUCCUGCGCAAAGAAGUGAUCAUUGCCAAGGAUGAAGUGGCCCACACUGUCACAGAGAGCCGAGUCCUGCAGAACACAAGGCAUCCCUUCCUCACGGCACUGAAAUAUGCGUUCCAGACCAACGACCGCCUCUGCUUUGUCAUGGAAUAUGCCAAUGGUGGAGAGUUGUUUUUCCACCUUUCAAGAGAGCGUGUCUUCACUGAGGACCGUGCACGUUUCUAUGGGGCUGAGAUUGUUUCUGCCCUGGAAUACCUCCACUCCCGGGAUGUUGUUUACCGUGACAUCAAGCUGGAGAAUCUCAUGCUGGAUAAAGAUGGACAUAUAAAAAUCACAGACUUUGGGUUGUGCAAAGAGGGCAUCACAGAUGGUGCCACAAUGAAGACUUUCUGUGGGACGCCGGAGUACCUGGCCCCCGAGGUGCUGGAAGACAAUGAUUAUGGGAGAGCUGUGGACUGGUGGGGCCUUGGCGUAGUCAUGUAUGAAAUGAUGUGUGGGCGCCUCCCCUUCUACAACCAAGACCACGAGCGCCUCUUUGAGCUCAUCCUCAUGGAAGAGAUACGCUUCCCACGCACGCUCAGCCCUGAGGCCAAGGCUCUUCUGGCAGGACUGCUUAAGAAGGACCCCAAACAGAGGCUGGGGGGUGGCCCCAAUGAUGCCAAGGAGGUGAUGGAACACCGUUUCUUUGCUGCCAUCAACUGGCAAGAUGUAGUUCAAAAGAAGCUCAUCCCCCCCUUCAAGCCCCAGGUGACAUCUGAAAUCGACACUCGGUAUUUCGAUGAUGAGUUCACAGCACAGUCAAUAACCAUCACCCCACCUGACCGAUAUGACAGCCUGGACUCCUUAGAUGCUGACCAUCGGACCCACUUCCCCCAGUUUUCUUACUCAGCCAGCAUACGGGAGUAGGUGGGGAGCUUCCCAUGGUGCACCUGAAGGAGAGACAGACAGUUGAGGGUGCCAGACAGCAGAACUCCAUGUGGGGGGAAGGUAUAUGUUUCCAGUUCCUUCCCCCCCACUUUCCCCCAAAUAGCUGGUCCUGCAGCACCCCAGCUUCCGGAGGGACUGAGCAGACUUCCUUGUGCCUGCUGCACUCAGCCUCCUACAGCCAGGCCACAGGCCAGGUCCUGCACUUGCCACCAUCAGUCAAACCGCUUGGAGCAUUGGAGUCGCUCUACACCUCGUCCUGCUGACCCUUGCAUCCCUGAUCACCAAGCCUCACUUGAGUUUUGCAGGAGAAUGGACUUUGGCGUGUUUCUUCCAUCGCUUUUCACCUAUCUGUGUCCUGCCAUGGGCUUGUGUUUGGAUGUUUGCUUGCAAAGCCACCCAGGUGGGAGGAAAAGGAUGUGCUAGUGCUGGAACAUUUGUGUGAAGCCAGGGAAGAGCUUGCUGGAAAGUCAGGGAACCUGUGGAAUGGAAAGAACCUUUUGCAGUAUCAAGUUGAUGUGCAGCAUCCAAAGGCACAUUUUAUUGGGUUGGCAGCUGCUCUUCUUCAACAUUGCAUGUGGAUCAUGGAGUGCACAAACCCCUUUGUUAGGGUGAUGUUCACAAGCAAGACCCCGGGUGGUGGCGGCAGCAGUGUCUGCUAGGACACUAAAACAGGCAUUAUGCAGCUGAAGGAGACCCCUCACCAACAGUUUUAAGUUUGCAAGAACCUGACACAGCUUUGCAAACUCAUAUACCCCUCUUUGACCUUCACCAUCCUCAGAGAGGGAAUUGGCCUAGAGCUCCUGAGUGUCUCUUGUUUGCCUCAGAGGUGGCUGCUGGGGUGCAAAGGAUGACUCCUCCCACUCCUGCUUCUGCUGCUACGUGUGGUUACUAAAGCAAUAAUGGCUCCUUUCAGGACUGUCUUAACCCAAGGACAAAGCAUGUUCAGUGUUCCAACCUCCUGUUUCUCAGCCCUGCUCACCACCACAUCUCUUUUUUACAACACAAGUCGGCCAGCAGGCCUGGGCCUCCGGUGUAGGCAUGGGCAGCAGUGACCAUGCAACAUGAGCCUCAUAUUGGUGGCAGCAGGCAGCUGCAGCUUGCUUGCCACCCUCCACUUCUCUCAGUAUAGCAGGUGACCAGGCUGACUUGUGUGUGGGUGUAGCUGCCAUUGGUAGGAACACUCCUGGUGCCCCUGUGAACAGCCAGAAAGUCAAAGUGCUGCUAGGGCAAGGAACUCAAGGUCGCUGGUGGACACCUGAAGGAAUUGGCCCAAUUUGGAUAUUUUUCCUUGGCAGAUGUUGCUUGGUUUGGAUGGUUAUCUGAGAGGCAUCAGUAUCUUCCUUUUCUCAAAUGCUGGUGGUGCACCUGAUAUACUGUGUGGCUGCUACCUCUCGAGGGAAGUUGCCCUCUUCCAGUUGCAUGCAAAAUGUUUGCCUGUCUUAACCGUGAAGUCAGGAGAGAUCAAGCCCAGGUGCUGUGUUUUCCAGCUGGCCAAACACCCCAGCAAAUUUCACAAACUCGACAGAUGCUUUCAACAAGAGAGAGUGUGUGUAUGUGUCCCCUGUUAGGGUCAGUAUAGGGCAGCCAGCUUUCUUAGAACCAAUAUCUUGGCUUUAUUGUCUCUAGAACUCCCUUCUGCCCUGGUCUCAGUUGCAUUGCUUGCAAUGCUUCCCUUCCUUUUACUGAGUCUGGAAGAGCUGGCCUUCCCCUGCUAUACUAUUGUCUCAUUAGCUUUUUCCAUUCUUAAAUGCUUUCCCCCAGCAAAGAUGUGUAUCACCAGUGUUUGCUUUGAUGGGAGAAUUAGGAAAAAUGCUUAGGAGGACACACUUUAAAAGUUUCCCAAAAGGAACAGGACAAAAUUAGAGAUCUGCAGUCAGCCAGCAUGUUUGGCUGUUGAAUAAGAAACCCCCAUGCCCCCAGCAAUCCUGCCCUUUUAUUCUUUGUGAUCUGGUCAUUUUUCAUCAUCACACUUCCAGUGUUUUCUGCCCUUUACUCUCUCCCCACCACACACAUGCACAUAGAGCAAGAGAGGCUGAGCCUAAUCCUAUCCAUGUUCAGUGACAAGUUCCCGUACAAUUCAGAGGGGCUUGUUCCUGUAUGACUGUGUAGAAUCACAGCCUAACUAACUUACCAUGAAUGUUUUUGAAUACCUUGUGCUCUUUCUGGAGCCCUGUCCACAUUUGAAUCCUCAAUCAUUGUGGCUAUUUCAACAAAGACAUUGUUUGCUCUGGCAGCUAUUACCCAGACAGCAAAAGCAGCCCAACACCUGAGCCUUUGCCAAGAUAAGCUGCACCAUUGAGGUAUUGAGCCAUGUCUGUGGCAGGAGUUUCCCCGUUUCCCUCCUGGAGAGGUUAUAGGAAUUGUGAUAAUCCUGUGCACAUUUAGCAGGAGUAGACCAGGAAAAGUGGGAGGUUUUAUUCUGAGCAUCUAAGGUUAGAUUAUAACAAAGUCUAGAUUUCCCUCUUUCAGCCUGGGUUUAGUGCAUUGUUUGGUUUUCCAUUAGGCAUGGUAUGACAGUGGUCUAGUCACAUCUAAAUAGUUGGGGCAGGAUAGGCAACUACAUCGUGUCCCAGUUCAAUGAGCAGAAUCAUUGUAGGGACCUGACUCCUAUGGAAGCUGCCUUAAGAACCACUGGUCCACCCAGCCUAGAAUUGUCAACUCCGACAAGGAGCUGCUCUCCAGAGACCCAGGCAGGGGUGGAGUGGUUGGAUGCCCUCAGCUCUACGAUGCUGCAACAUCCAGGAAUCAUGACAAGGGGCUUUUGAGUCCAAUGUGGGCACUCCUUGCUGUUCCAGUCUUUUCCUGGUGGCCAGUAGAGUUUGGACACAAGAAUGUCUGGUGGCAUGAGCCACUGUCAGGGCUUUUUGGAAUUAAACACAAGCCAAAAUCAGCUGGGCUUCUAAGAUAUUUGUAGAAUUGCUUAGUUAGCAGGGACUACUGCAUUUUCUUGAGGUCCUUUCAGUCGCUGACUGAAUACUAGACAAGAUCAGUGAGAGAAGAGAAACACAGGAACAUUUCUUUGCAAACUUCCCUUUGGUGAGGAGUGGAACUGUCUACUGUAAAAACAGCUGCCAUUUGCUGGAGCCUGUCUCUUAGAGCAGAGCUUCCAAAGUUAACUGAUGUGCAGUAUUUCUUUCCAGUGUGUGCCAGGGACCGAUACCAUAUAUGUUGCCUGUGGGCUCCAAUUGUUUGUUUCCUGGACCAGCAGCUGAUUGCUCAUAGACCAGUAUUGGUCCCUGAAUCACCUCUUUUGAGUAACACUGCCUUAGACCUUGUAUGUCAAUGCCUGUUGUUUGCAUUGGGAAACAAGAAUGAAACCCCUCUGUGGCCUUCAACCAGAUUGUUGGAAAGUACAUGGGGUACCAUUGCCCUUUACACCAUGAGAGUAGCCUUUUAAACAGCUUUAAAGGGCCUGCGGUCUUUUGAGCCAAAGGAGCCCCUAUUGUGCUUUUAGGAGUGACUGUUGGCGAUGAUCUACAAGCCACCAUUCUUCAGGGGCUGCCAAAAUUAUCUCUACUCACACUACCUCUUAUUUGACAAUGGAGAAGAGCUGCUCUGGCCCCAAGGUGCUAAACCUGCCUUGCUGUCCAAGCAAGAGUGCAAAAGCCUUGUUCCUCAGAGCUUGCUAUUUUUAAACAUAAUGAAUGACUGAGGGCCUCCUCUUCUGGGUCCACCCUUGCUUGGUGCUACACAAACCUUGCAGGGGCUAUGAUCAGUUUUUUUGUGGGGUGAGGUGGGGAAAAGCAGGUGUAAGUACCCAGUAACUUGCCAUCUUGGACAGAUCCAGAUGCUCCAUGCUCACAGAGGCCUCUCAUUUCUUGAGCAAUGGCUGCUACUGCCUCUGCUGCAGACCCUUUCUGCCAUUCUGGAGAAGUGAAAAAUCCUGUCUUGUGAGAAGGCACAAGGAGAGGUGACAAAUCCUGCUUAGUUGUGAGGUAGCAGCUGGCCAAAGUUGGGACAGACCCAGCAAAAGCAGGGUGGGUUCUGCUGGGGAGUUUACUCACUCACUGGCCAUGUCGCAAGUCCUCUGGCCACACUACAGAAGUCUUUCUGUGAUUCUCUGAGCCCUCUAGCCUUAAGAUCCCCUUUAACGGGAAGCAUUCCUGGGGUGCUUUUAGCUGGGUCCUGGUGAUCUUGGCUGAUCACGCCAUGUUCUUACCUCAAGUCAUUUCCAGUAAAGCUUCUUCCCUGCAUUAGGAACAGAUGUAAGAAAGACAUCUGUUUGAAUGUAAACACACAUCUGAUCCUCCCACCCAGCUGCAAGAGGCCCCCAAAUGUCUACCAAGCCACUGCACUUACUCAACUGAUGGGACCCAAGAUGUCCCUAGCUAGCAGGUGGCCCAUUAGCUUGCCUUGUUGUUACAACCUCUCCAAAAACACCUUUGGAAGCAGCAGCUACAGACUGUACAAGCUUAUAGACAGGUAGCUCCUAGUCUUGAUGGUGAUAUUUCCCCCUGUUGGGUUCACAGGCAGCUGGCUGCCUGUGCAUGACCAUGCUGCCCAGGGUCAGGGGGAAGGAGGCAGAGAUUGCUUCUAAGGUAGCCCUGCCUUGCCCUUUUGCCAUCUUUUGUCACCCGAUGCCUGGCGGCACUUCAUUUGUGUGGGCUCAGGCUGGAACUGGCUCUAUAGCUCCAAAUUGUUUGAGGGCAUGGUAAUGCCCCCACUUCUUCCCCCUAGAUGGGUGGAAUUGGAUUCUGAACACAGCAGCUGAACUUCAGCCUGUGCUCCAUGGUUACCCCUUGGCCUUCCAUUUCAGGGCAAGCCUUCCUUUGAUGCCCACCUAAAUCCAAAGUACCAGCGGUCUUAGAGCCUCAAUUAAAUGCUUUGUGGGUUUUCACGACUUGGUCUGCAUUCACCCUUCAGGAAUCAAACUUGGGAUUGUAACCGAGGUGUAUAGGAACACUUGGAUCCUCAGACUACAUGCUUACAUUUGGGGUGAAACCCAAAGACAGACUUUUAAAGAAGAGCAACAUACACACACACACAUACGCUUGGGGAGUGGGGUCAAUAAAAGGAUUUCCCCCUCCCAGUUGGUUUCUGUAGUUGUGGUAGUUGGGGUUUCUUAACUUAAUACCCUUGUUAGCAGCUUUGGGGAGGGAAAUGUUUCUGCUGAUGUGCUGUGUUUUUCUUUGCGGUCUCUCUCUCUCCACCUCUUGAAACCAACCCCACAGCAGCACUUGCAACCAGAGCCAACCCUUCUCAGGCUCUUGCCUGAUACCAAGAAAUCCGGCUUGUAAAAUAAGGUCUGCCUGAGAGGCGAGUACUCCAGAGCAUCUUUUGUAAAAAGUGGCCUAUCCGUAGGAGACACCAAAUGCUUGGUUUUCUUUUUGUUUUCAGUUGGUUGUUGUUUUUUAAGCCUCGGAGGUGCCUUCCUCUGCCCUUGGAUUUGUACGGUACAAGCAAUAAAAGGUUUUGUUUUCUUUC